AUGAGUGGAAAACGAACAAAAUUAAGUGGCGCUGAAUAUUGCAAAAGAGCUGAGGAAAAAAAGAAAAAAGAAAAAGAAACUAUUUCUCAAACUCUUAACAUUCAAAUUUCUUCAAAAAGUACAUUAAAACCCGAUUCUGAUGAAUUAAUUGAAAACUCAUUGAAACUCGAUUCUGAUGAAUUAGUUGAAAAUUUGAUGAAAACCGAUGACGAAACUUUGAAAUCUGACAUUAAUGUCUCUUGUGAAAUUACUAAUGUUCCAAUUUGUCCAUCACAAGAUCCAGCCUUAUGGGAUAUAAAUUCUGAUAUGGUUGAUUAUUUUAUUCGUAAUCCAGUUGAAUCAAAUCCUAAAAUAAUCAAUUUUGAUAAUACUAUUCGUAAAUGUGGUGAAUUUAAUAGGAAGUUACCAUAUGAUAUUUUCAAAAGGAAACUUUUGAAUGGUGAAAUAAAAGAUAGAGAAUGGUUGCUAUACUCAACAUCAAAAAAUGCACUAUUUUGUUUUUACUGCCUUCUUUUUUCUAAUAAAAAAACACAGUUUAGUUCCACCGAUUCAGGAUUUACUGAUUGGAAAAAAUGUUUUGAAAAAGUUGAACACGAAAAGAAUUUGACGCAUAACGAAUCUAUUCGCAUAUGGUUCUCUAGACGUAAAAUAACUACCGGUAUUGAUGUUGAGUUAAAAAUUGAACUUGAAAAAAAAGAACUUUAUUGGAGAAGUAUAAUACACCGUUUAAUUGAAACAAUUAUAUUUUUAUCGGGCAGAGGUCUUGCAUUUCGUGGCGAUAAUGAGACGUUGGGUUCUAAAAAUAAUGGAAAUUAUCUCGGCUGUUUAGAAUUAAUUGCAAAAUUCGAUCCAUUAAUGUCCAAUCACCUUGAUGAGUAUGGUAAUAAAGGCCGUGGAAAUGUCUCAUAUCUGUCCCACACUAUUUGCGAUAAGUUAAUAACACUUAUGAACAAAUCAUCUGUACUUCAUAAAAUAGUAAAUGAAAUAACGUCCGCUAAAUAUUUCUCGUUAAUCGUAGAUUCUACUCCCGACAUCACGAAAUUUGAUCAAUUAAGAUUGCUGUUAGAUACGUUAAUUUAG